GGGCCUAUUUGACCCUUUGGCCUAAUGAAAAAACCGUUUGUUUGAUAAUUUUUUGGGCCGGCGCGUUGCACUCGAGCGGUUCUUAUCUACCUAGAGUUUGUUCUAUGCUGCAUCCACAACAAUGCUCGGAGUAUAAUACGAGGCGGUCGUUAUUGCCUGCCAAACUAAAGGCGAUUCAGGGUCGACGAAGGUCAAUCGAUCAUUUUGUGCAUCUACAUGGCGACUAUGUCGGGAGAAAAAGAAGAACAUGGAGGCCGCAGAAUUGAAAAUUGGUAUUCUGAUGAUGAGGAGUCCAAUGGGGACAUGAGUGACGAUGAACUGGAAGACAUUCGUGCGAUGCUUUCUGAGGAUUUGACCGAUGAGAAUUCGGAGCUUUAUCCUGAGCCUGGGUGGGCUCUGAAUUCUCCCAGAGCACCAGUGGAUCCACAAAUACUCAUACAACGUGCUUUGGAGCAGAAAACAGAACUUGCUGAACUAGCAUUAAAAUUCUACAACAGCAUUCAUAACACCUCUUACGAGCUGGUUGAGGCACUGAAAUGCUUGGUAGUUUUUCCGGAGGAGCACUACCAUCUCAACUUCACUGCCAAGCUUCCAGAAGGACCGGACACCUCUCCCAAACUCUUCUUUGCUGAACUGCAAGAGGAUGAAGACUUCUACAGCUAUGAAGAUGAAGCAAAUAGACUCACUGCAUGUGUCAUCAUGGAACAAGGCGAGGGAAAAAGGUCUUGUGCUAGUUGUUCAGAAGUUGAUGGACUCCUUCACCCUCUCGAUGGUUUCUGUUAUGGCGUAUACCAAUCCGUUCCAAUGAGAAUUUUGUAUUCUGAUGAUGAGGAGGAGUCCAAUUGGGAAAUGAGUGAUGGUGAACUGGAAAGGAUUCGUGCGAUGCUUUCUGCGGAUUUGACCUAUGAGAAAUCGGAGCUUUAUCCUGGGCCUGGGUGGUCGCUGAAUUGUCCCAGAGCACCAGUGGAUCCACAAAUACUCAUAGAACGUGCUUUGGAGCAGAAAACAGAACUUACUGAACUAGCAUUAAAAUUCUACAACAUCAUUCAUAACACCUCUUACGAGCUGGUUGAGGCACUGAAAUGCUUGGUAGUUUUUCCGGAGGAGCACUACCAUCUCAACUUCACAGCCAAGCUUCCAGAAGGACCGGACACCUCUCCCAAACUCUUCUUUGCUGAACUGCAAGAGGAUGAAGGCUUCUACAACUAUGAAGGUGAAGAAAAUAGACUCACUGCAUGUGUCAUCAUGGAACAAGGCGAGGGAAAAAGGUCUUGUGCUAGUUGUUCAGAAGAUGAUGGACUCCUUCACCCUCUCGAUGGUUUCUGUUAUGGCAAACCAUCUGUUAUGGCAAACACCAAUCCGUUCCGUAGGCCUCUCAGCACCCACUGAAUGACUCACUAGUAAUACACUGUGCAUCCCAGUUUAAAUGCGGUGUAUUAUCUAUCAUCCCCUUUCUAUCCAGGCUCCAUCUCCCUCUUUGAGUUCAAAUAUAUCGUGGCGUUUAAAAAAAAUUAUCAAUGGUUUGUGUACGGAUUGGAAUUGAAGUUAUGCUCUUAUUUAAUCUACUUUAAAUUACAAGGCUACUCUUAAUAAUUACGGUCCCUAGUAAGCUCAGUACAUUGGAAUGAGAAGCCCUACUUUGUGUAUCCAAAAAGGAGAAGAAUUUGUUCAUGUUACAAUAGAGAAGCCCUCCUUUGUUGUGAAAGAGUAACACGAGAGGCACCCAUCUGUGUAUAUUUUAUUUAUAUAAUAUUAACAAUGCAAGAAAUAUUAGGGGGUAUUUAAUGAAUAUGUUUAAUAA